GUUGCAUUUGCCACUUGCCAUAAUUUACAAAAAUGGCAGCCUUCAUGUCGUAAGCUUUUCUUUUCUCUUCAUGAAAAGUUUAUUACUAAUCAACGUAUGAUUUAUAAUGCCAUUUGAAUAUUUUUUUACUGACAUCGUUUCAAACAAUCAAAAGUAAACAUCGAAAGUUAGUAGUCAUGCACUACAUACUUACAUAGUGCCAGAAGUAUAAAUCUCGAUGUGUCUACGGGGUUGAAAGGAUUGAAACCGACACACAGCUGUAGUUGAGUUAUAGUAAGUGUAACAAAGAAACGAUGAGUGCGAGUAGCGUGGCGCUGGAGCGCGAGCUGGCAGGCACGCGACGCUUGCUGUGGGGGGACCACGUCAAAGAAGAUGUUUUCCGACGUUGGGCGCAAGGUUUUCAAUUCAGUCCUGAUGAACCCAGCGCCCUCAUUCAGCAGGAGGGUGGACCUUGCGCUGCGAUCGCCCCAGUACAAGGAUUUUUGCUUAAGAUUCUCCUAUCAGAGACUCCAGGACAUAGUUUUCAAGACUUAACAUCGGAGAAGUGCAACUCUUUACUUGUGAGAGCUGUGUGUACGAUUUUAAGCCAGUGUCUAGCACCUAAAUACAAUGUAGCUGUUUACCGGAAGAAUGAGUCUGGUGCGGAAACAAGUGGAAGUAACAGCGUUAGUGUGGAUGAACACUCUAGUGAUACCAUUGAACAUUUCCAUCGAAGAAUCCAGGUACAUUCGUUUCAAAAUCUGUCAGAAGUGGAGGCAUUUUACACAAGGAACAUUAGGAUAUUGAAGGACAAAUAUGGUGUUCUACUUCUGUUAUAUAGUGUGAUUCUCAGUAAGGGUAUAAGUACAGUAGAAGCAGAGCUCUCUGAACUCUCAGACCCCCUGAUACAUUCCACAUAUGGGUAUGGAUCACAAGGUCUCAUCAAUUUGAUGCUGACUGGACGAGCAGUGGCACAUGUGUGGGAUCAUGAUCAAGUUGUCAGUGGUUUAAGACUUAGAGGCAUAGAAAAACAAAAUGACAUUGGUUUCCUGACUAUCAUGGAGCAUAUGCAAUACUGCACUGUAGGGUCGUUUUACAAGAGCCCUAAACAUCCUGUUUGGGUACUGGCUUCCGAGACUCACCUGACUGUGCUUUUCUCUCUAGAGCGUCGAUUGGCAGCACCAGAGAGUGCAGGAGAAUCUGCUGAACGAAUAUUCAGAUCAUUUGAUCCUGAAGGCAACAAUUUCAUUCCUUCAGUAGCUUUGCAGGAUGUUCUGUGCGCUGCAGACUUAGUCAGUGAACCAGAAUAUGUGGAAUUAAUGAGGCGGAAAUUAGACACUGAAAACUUGGGAAUAAUUUUGUUAAGUACUUUCAUGGAUGAAUUUUUCCCAGGAUGUGAACGUGGUGCUCCUGACACAUUCACCCUUCACCAUUACAAUGGUCUUGAGCGUAGUAACCCAGGUGGCAGAGUUGUGUACCGCACUGGUCGAGCAGCUUUGCUCGAGUGCCCGAUGCGUGCUGCCACCACAGACCCCAUGUUGACCUGUCUGCAGACUAAGUGGCCCAGCAUUGAUGUUGUCUGGGACGAUGGACAUUCACCCUCGCUCAAUUAAUGUGCGUGCUAUCAUCCGGUCUACUUGUAACUAAUUGGUUAGCUACACAUGCAGCUUAUUUGCUGUAAAAUUUCCAUUAUUUUAUUAUUAAUAACUUAUAUAUAAAAUUAUAUCUAUCCAAUAGACCUGUUGAUUUCCUAUUGGAUGACCUUCUCAUUGUAACAUUGUAAUCAAAGUUGCAGAACUGAGGCACAAGUCUGGAUCAGAGAGUCACCUGGUGAUAGGGUUCAUUUUAUGUUGUUUCUUAUCCUGUUUGGCAUCAUCUGAGGCAUAGUGUUUUUUUUUUCUUAGUAAGAGUGGACAUUCUGACUGCUGAGGCCCGCAGUCAACUUGAGAUUGCAGUCCAAAUUUUCAAGCUGUUUUAUUUAAUACUGAUUGGUAAAUAUAUUUUUUGUAAAAAUAUAUAUAUUUUGUAUAAUAUUGUUCUAUUCCAUUGAGAUGGGACACAGGGACUGGCUGUCCGCUAAUUGUCACUGCAUUGCUACAACUAUGCACAACAUUAAUACACUGAUGAUGUUGUUUUGAAACAUUUUGUUUACAAAUUGUAAUAUUUUAUUCCAGUUUGUACGAAAAUGUUAAAUUCGAAGGAAAAUACAACUUUCUGUGAAAAUCAGGUGUAUUUACCUAUAUUAAAAUGAGUAAUUACAUA